AUGGAAUUAAAAUUAAAUGAAAAAUAAGAACAUAUUAAAUAAAAAACAAUUUAAAUAGAGACUUUCUAAAAAGAAAUAACAGAUAAAAAUGAGGAAUUAGCUAGUUUAAAAUAGUAUAUUUAAAAAAAAGAAGACUAAAUAGUUAAAUUAAAUAAUUAACUUUUAAUUGAAAAGUAAUCUUAAAACUUACAUUUAAAUGAAUAAGAUUAAUUAAAAGAACAAGUUUUUUCUUUAAAGGAAUAAAUAACUAAGCUUACUGGAAAUAUUUCAGGAUUAAAAGGAAAGGAGGGUAUUUUUAAAUAAAAUGUUGAUAAAUUAGAAAAAGGAGAAGUAGAAAUAAUGAAAAAUUUAAAAUGUUAAUACUGUUUAAAAUUCAUCAAAGAACCUGUUACUAUUAUUCCUUGUGGGCAUUCUUUCUGUUAAUAAUGUAAAACUGCUUACAAUAAAAGUUGUAUUAAAUGUGGACCAAAAGUUAAAAUAGAGGCUAUGUAUAGAAACGAAUUACUAGACGAUAUUAUUGAACUUGUAAAAAUUAUAAGUGGAGCAAAAGAGGCAUUAUAAAGUCUUAUAAAAAUGAAAUGA